CUCCUCUGCGAACAACAAAGAACCAACUUUAUAUGCAUUUUCCAUCCGACCAAAAGUCCCUCCCACUUUUUCAGAGGAAGAUCGCUGUCGACCCACACACGCAGCACCAUCAUCGUUUCCCUCCCAUUCACAUUCCGAUGGGUCGUCGCGAAUGCCUUCUCUUGCUCGUGCUUUCGGCGACGCUCUUCAGUUUCAGUUUCGGUGCCUCUUGCUCCAAUGGACAAUGCAAGCUACUUGAUAAAUGCUCGAGGGAUAGCGACUGUGAGGCCGGUCUCUAUUGUUUUUCUUGUCUUGAAGGCCUUUCAGAUCCCAUAUGUGUAAGAUCAACCGCGACUGACCAGUUCAAGCUCUUGAACAAUUCUCUUCCCUUCAACAAAUAUGCAUUCUUGACGACCCACAAUGCGUAUGCGAUCGAAGGAGAGCCACGCCACACGCCUGUACCAAGAGUUACGUUUACAAAUCAAGAGGAUACCGUCACUCAGCAGCUAAAUAAUGGAGUUCGAGGGCUGAUGCUAGAUACAUAUGAUUUUGAAGGAGAUGUAUGGUUGUGCCAUUCUUUCAAAGGUCAUUGUCAUGACUACACAGCAUUUGAACCUGCUAUAGACACUCUCAAGGAAGUCGAAGCUUUUCUAUCUGCAAACCCGGCGGAGAUAGUCACUUUGAUACUCGAGGACUACGUUCAGGCACCAAAUGGAUUGACAAAGGUCUUUACUGAUGCUGGCUUGAUGAAAUACUGGUUUCCGGUAUCAAACAUGCCAAAGAACGGUCAGGAUUGGCCGCGAGUAAGUGACAUGGUGGCUAAUAACCAGCGGCUGCUCGUGUUUACCUCCAUCCAAUCAAAGGAACAGAGUGAAGGGAUCGCUUAUCAGUGGAAUUACAUGGUUGAGAAUCAAUAUGGCAAUGGUGGAUUGAAAGCAGGAAGCUGUCCAAACAGAGCUGAAUCGCCUCCUCUUAAUGACAGGAGCAAGUCCUUGAUUUUGGUGAAUUACUUCCGGACUGUGCCCAUCUACCUACUCAGUUGCGAGAACAACUCAACCGACCUUAUUAACAUGCUUCAGACUUGUUAUGGCACGGCCGGCAACAGAUGGGCUAAUUUUGUCGCUGUCGAUUAUUAUAAGGAACAAAGGAGCGAGGGAGGAGGAUCAUUUCAAGCAGUAGACACUCUCAACGGGGAGCUGCUAUGUGGAUGUAACGAUGUGCACGCGUGCGUGCCGGGUUCAACUUCUGGGGCAUGCACUCCAUAGAAAACAGCAAUAUCCUGAAUAGAACUAAGGAAAAUACAACAACUGCUGCAACUCGGAAUAGAAAAAUGCACACUGCAAUUCAUGCCGAGUCUCCGACAACUAAGGAAACCAAAUCGGUUGUUGCUGCAUUUUUUUUUUUUUAUGUAAGACUACAGUGACUCAGUCAAAAUAGUGGAUACCUACCAAUCAAGACAAUGUAUCUUUUAGGCAGCGAUACAGACGGAAAAGAAAGCUCAAUAAGGUAACACAUCUUUCUGUUUGUCAUGCCCUGCA